GUUUUAAUGAUACACCAGACUGCAGAAGCCGAGUGCUCGACUUUGCAUCGCAAUGCAUUCGCAGUUUCGCUCGGAGCAGCGAGAAUGGAGGGGCGAGGACCUUGAGUGGAGAGCACUGCAGAAAAAGCAUGCCUCGGCAAAGAUAGCUCAGAGGGAGCUGUCUCGCCAGUGGCGUGCCUACGGUCUGGAGCAGCAAGCGCUGCUGAACUGCCGCCAGCUGUGGACGCGGCAGGUGGCAAAGAACCGCCGCGAUGUGGAUGAGGCGGUGGAGAAGCUUAAGGUUCUUGCGCAGCUGGGAGCGCUCACGGCGGGAUUUGCCGUCAGCGCCUUCUAUGACUUCCAGUACACGGCCUCACCCAGCGACCCCGUCAUUCCCUUCUUCGGCCUGGUGACCGCGCUGACGGUGGGCUUCGAGCUUAACAGCUGUGUGCUAUGCACCCUCAUGCUGAGCAGCGUGGUCAAGGCGGGCAAGAGGUACACCAGCGAGGAGGAGGAGGCAGAGUACCUGUGGCGGCUGCGGGACUGGGCGGCGGCCGCGACAGGAGGCGUGCCGAGCUCAGUGCCGCCGGCACCCCGGCGCAGCUUUGCGCGGCACUGGGAGUCGCGCUGCGAGUCUCGGUGGCGCGUCGCGCUGGCAAUGUUCCUGGCGGGCAUCCCCACCUUCUUCGCAGUGAUGGGGCUGGCCGGAUACCUCAAGUACUGGAACUCUCCCGCCACCGUGGUCAUCACGGCUGUGCUCAUGGCGGCUGCGUUUGUGUACACGGUGGGUAUGACUGCAGACUGGGCCAAGUCGCUUCUGGGCCGCCGCACAGCCGGCGGCGAAGACACCCUGGGCUGGCAGGGCGCCUGGUGGUCCGCACUGGAGCCGUCCCAGCGUCUGCCCUUCGCCUUCCACCAGGUCCCACACAAGGACGUGUGCUGGCCACCGCCCAGCUCCGCCGCAGCGGCGGCCGCAUCCGUAGCCUCUACCGCGGGCGAUGAGCACGAUCGGCCGCGCGCUGGCGGGAGCGCAGCUGCUGCUACGACGGCGGCUCCAUACCUUGCCCAUGCACUGGCCGAGCUGCCGUAUCCUGCUAUCAUCGGGCUGCAGCCGUGGCCUACUGAGCUGGCGUUGGGAGUGGUACCGACAAUGUCUGGGGCGCACGCGGGGGCGCACGUGGGUGUUGUGGCGGGUGAGGCAGCGGGCAUAGCGCCACCAGCCCCGGCAGCCGGCGCGGAGCAGCGGUCGGCGGUAACUGGGACGCAGCGGUGGCGUCAGCACUCGGCGGUGCCUCGUGAGGGACCGAUGGAGGCAGGGCAAAGAGCGGUCGCCGGCGCGGCGGCGGCGGCGGCGGCCGCCGGCGCGGUUGGUGCUGCUGGAUGCGAUGGUCACUUGGUGGCUGCUGGCGCGGAACUGCGGCCUUGGCCUGGUGGUCACGUUGGCGGGACCUCUUGCUCAGGCGGCAGGGUUGGUGUCAGCGCGGACGAGGGCACUGCUGCGCAGUGGGCUGGUGAGAACCAUGCCUAUGACUCUGCAGACACUGAGGAUGUGGCUGCGGAGCUAGCGUUAAGGCCCGGCACAUCUGCCAUCGCCGUUUGGCCGGUCCCCGACCCCGCGCUGCUACCGGCUGGCGAACAGCGUCUGCAGCUGCCACCACCACCGGCCUCAGUGUGCCUGCACCGCGCACCCUGUGGCGAUGCUGCUUGCUCGGAGCACGGUGCCAGCACGGCGGGCCCAAGCGGGACGACUGCCCCACAGGCGGCGAGGAAGGGGGUGCAGGGGCUCAUGAGGGCACUAGGGAGCGCCUGCGGCGGUGCUUCUGUGGCAGGCGGCAGCGGCAGUGCUGGCGGCGGCACAGGCCCUGGCAGCGGCAGUGGAGCUGGAGGCGAAGGCGGCGCGCCAGGAUCGCGGCCAGCUGCCAACGGGAUGGCUGGUGUAGUCGAUGAUGGGAGCCUGCAGGUGGCCAGGCCGCACCCCCUGCAGCCUGUGGCCGAGUGUGGCAGUGAGGAUGCGUUCGAGGCGGCGGCGCCGUGGUACGCUGAGGAUACGGCGUCAGCACGGGUCACGACCGCCUCGCUGCGCAGCUGUGAGAGCAUGUUGGAGGAUGGCAGCGAUGAGGAUGGGAGAGGUGCGAGCACAUAGCCUGGGCAAGCUGACAGCCGCAGGUCAGGGGCGCACGCGCUUUGCGGCUUGGCCAUGUUGGCUGACUGUGCAAUGGUGGUGUGUACCAAACAUUCUGGCGGGAAACUAAUGAGUCUAAUAACAAAAUGUCUAUUACCGUAUGAACGUAAAAGCAUGCCGGUGACCUGCAACUUUUGGGGCAGGUGCGUGCGUCUCAAAAGGAGAGCGGCUGCAUGGAGGUGACGUGCUGUCAUGUUCUGCCCCUUGGUACCUCAUCAUGCUAAUAGCGAUUGCGUGUGAACAAGUGUGGCACUGUGGUGUUGCGGGAUGAGCUGCCGUCGUCACAGACACGUGUUACUGAGUGCACUUCUGAAGGGAAAUGUAAGUGGGGAAUGUG